UUCACGGGUCUCUGUAUCUUAUUUUAUUUCAAUAUGUUUCAUAACAUUUAAAAUUGCGUUAUUUUAAAGAAAUGAAUUUCCUUAAAUUAAACUGUUCUCUGUUGGUCAUAGUGUCAAAUUGUAAAGCUGAAAAUUGUUCCAUUGGGAGAAAUGAAAACAUGCAAAUUCCGUGUUGUGCAAACUUUUAUCGGGAUAAAGGAGAAUGCAAAGAAUGUCUGCCAGGAUAUUUUGGAACGAACUGUAAGUUACGUUGUUUUUACCCUGGCUUUGGCAAACAUUGUAUGAAUACCUGUGACUGCAAUAGCUCGGAUUGUGACCACGUCAGUGGAUGUCAAGGAAAUGAUACAGAGAUUCAGAUAAUACAUGAAGCAUUCCAUUUAUUGAAAUGGGUAUGGGUAUCUUUGUCCGUCAACCCGAAUUUCCCAUGGAGCUACAGUUCUGCAGCUACACCAGACUACUCAACAGAAAAAGAGGAACUUAACAAUGACCGAGGUUUGAAAACCAAGAAUUUAAAAAUGCCAGUUAUAAUUGUUGGUUGCGUCAUUAUACUCUUAAUACUCGUUAAUGGAAUAAAAUGGAUCGCUAAGCCAGUUCAAAAAGCUCAUAUAAUUACAAAUACAAUGGAAGAUAAUGACUUUCCAACCGUAUAUACGGAAAUUGACGAAAGAUCUGAACAAGAGUCUGAGUCCAACACAAUGCGUACUACUGUCACAUCAACUUCUUUCAUAUCUUUGAAUGGAAUAGAAACUAGACGACCGCAACUUCCGGUCAGGAAUACCCAAUUAAACUUCUUCUAAAGAGAUUAUAGUUUUUGCGAUAAUAAAACAAUAUACUGUAUACAUAGGUGUAUCUUGCAAUGCAUAUCAUAUCACAUUGCCUAUAUAUGGUAUGAACUCUUUAUUAAUUGAAAAUGUAACCAUUUUUAUGAUCAAAGUCGAGUAUUAAAAGUAUUGCAAAAUGCAAACAUGUUCUCAAUGGUAUAACCGCAUCUUUGCUGGCCAAGGAUGACGAUCCACGGCUAUAAACAGAGAAAUACGAAUGGAGAAACAACUUGGAUCGACACCCUUGGCUAGCAAAGAUGGUUUUCCAUUUGAACGAAACACUUUAAGAAAUAUUACAAAAUCCAAACAUGGUCCCAAUGGUGUCCUCCUUGAAUGUAACUCGUUUAAAGGUAUUGCAAAAAUCCCUGGUUGUAUCUCCCUGUAUCAC